CGUAUUUUAUUCUGUGUUGUCUUUUAUUUUGUUGUAUUUUUUUUUUUUUUACCUCAUUCCCAGCCCCUGCUCCCAACUUCCGAAGUUAAGGGAACGUCCACGCAUGCGCAAGGUUUACGUCUUUCCAUGUCAAUUUACGUCAGUUGUGUUCUUUCUCGCUCGUUGUGAAGCAGUGCGGUUAAAGUCGGCAUUAAUUCCUUAAUGUUUUACGUGUACACUUAGUCGUCAGUCGUAUGAAAAAAACGACCCUUUUUUUUAUUCUUCGUGCGAGGAUGAACUCGAUUUUGGUGAACGCUGGAGACUCAGGUUAGGUUAACUUGCUAGCUAGAUUAGCUCGCUAGUUAGCUUAGCUGCUAACAAAAAUACACGGAAGUUGUCAACACGACGCUAAUUUAGUAAACCAGUUUGAGUGGAAAGUGUUGGGAUUGUGUGAACAUGUGUAAAGUACAAAUGCUGAGCGUGCUGGUUAAUUAAUUAACUAAGUUUCUCCAACAAAUGAAAACAACGAGCGACAACAUCAACUACUUGGACGCUGUUUUCAAGAAGCAUCAAGUUGUGUUGCACAGAACAGACGUCUGUGAGGACUGGGCAGCAGGAGUGGGACCGCCAGGAUGGAGCAGGAGGAGCCGCAUUCCCCUCGCCUUAAAAAUGAAGAGGAGUACCCACAUCCCCACCACAUUAAGGAGGAGGAGGAGCCACAGCCGCUUCACAUUAAAGAGGAAGAAGAAGAACACAGCAUCGGUCAAGAGGGAAAGCAUCUUGAAGGACUGGACGAGUUCCCAGGGAUUGGGGAGGAGUUCCCAGGGAUUGGGGAGGAGUUCCCAGGGAUUGGUGUCCCUGUGAAGAGUGAAUAUGAUGAGGUCAAAAGUGAAAGUGAGGAGAAGAGAGAGGUGGAGCCUCCAAGCAGCAGCUCAACAGAAGCUGAUGGAGACCACUGUGGAGAAUCACAAGCAGACAAGCUCUUCGCUCCACUGUCAGAUAGUGACGACAUGUCACACUCUCCUGACACGGAUGAUGACGACUCUAAAGCUGAUAAGACACGUCACACUGACGACACACACUUUCAAUGCUCUCACUGUGACAAAACCUUUAAUCACCGUCGUAAUCUAAAAGUGCACACCAGAGUACACACUGGGGAAAAACCAUUCACUUGCUCCGUUUGCGCUAAGAGAUUCUCUCUUAAGCAGCAUUUGAUAAAACACACAAGAAUACACACCGGACAGAAACCUUUUAUCUGUUCGGUUUGCGGUAAAGGUUUCGUAGACAGCCAAUGUUUAAAAGUACACACGAGAACACACACCGGAGACAAACCCUUCAUGUGCUCGGUUUGUAGUAAAAGAUUCUCCCAGAAAGCAAAUUUGAUAAUACACACACGAAUACACACCGGUGAAAAACCUUUUAUCUGCUCAGUCUGUGGCAAAGGCUUUAUCCAAAAUCAAGAUUUGAAAAGACACAUGAAAAUACACACCGGAGAAAAAACAUUGAUGUGCUUGGUUUGUAGUAAAAUAUUUUGCCUGAAACAGCAUUUGAAAUUACAUAUGAAAACGCACACGGGUGAGAAGCCAUAUUCCUGCUCGAGCUGCGACAAAAGUUUUUACGAGCGUGCAAAACUUGUAGCGCACAUGAGAACGCACGCGGAUAAGAAAGUGUUGAGUUGCAGCGUGUGUGGUGAAAGUUUCUCUUUUAAGUACCAGUGUAAGAAACACAAGUGUGCCGGUGACAACAGCAGCAGCAAAUAAAACUGACUUUCUAACAACAUCACAGCAUGUAACGUGUUGGACAUCAUUGUGUGACAACCUGCCAGCUGUGUCUCGCCGUCAGCACUGCCGCGCCCCCAAUGUCAUGUUUUUAUCAUUUACUGUAUAUAUUGUUUUUAGUGUUGUGGUUUUAUUGCAGUUAAGUACAUACGUCAAUAUAAACUUUCUUUCUUCCUACUUUUUGGACAUGGCGGGAUGUAAAUAUGUGAUGUGUACACUGUAACUGUAUCCAUGUUCAGAAUAAAACAAUACCAAUACCAAGCAGCUGCAGCAUUGAGAGGAGUAAUUUCCAAUGCACCACUAGAAAUGGCAAUGGAUAAAGUAACAACAGAAUAAAGGUGGGGAAAUAAAAGAUGCUAAAAGACUUGAGAUUAGUAGAGGUGUGACAAGUGUCAGUUUAUUAAUUUGACUGGUGUUUGAUAAAACAAUGUCUGCUGAGCUGUGAAUGACAAAAUGAGGGAAUCUAUUGUAUAAUUGUAUCUAAGUUAUCACAAAACUUUGUGUUGCCAUGAGUUCCCGGCGAGAGGACAAAAACUGUCUUUGAUCUUACCUCUCUUAUCUCUCCUUUUAUUUGUUUUUAAAUGUCUAAACAACCUGGCGCCAACAUAUCUCUCCGACCUCCUUCAGCCUUACUGCCCCACCCGAUCCCUAAGAUCAGCCGAUCAGCUGCUACUGACGGUCCCGGACACAAGGCUGAAGCUUAGAGGUGACAGAGCUUUCGCUGCUGCUGCUCCCAAGCUCUGGAACGACUUACCUCUGAGUGUUAGGCAAGCCUCCUCUCUUCCUGUUUUUAAAUCUCUCUUAAAAACAUACUUUUAUUCCAUGGCUUUUAACACUGAGUGAUAUCCAUCCUGCAAUGGCGCCCCAUAAUACACCUGCUGUGAACCUGUUUUUAUGUUUUUAUAUUUUAUUUAUUUAUUUUUUAUCGUGUUCUGUUUGUGUUGUGUUGUGUUUGCUCGUUUCUCGUAUUAUUUUAACCUGCCCAUUGUACAGCACUUUGGCUACCCCUGUGGUAAAUUUUAAAUGUGCUUUAUAAAUAAAGUUGAUUUGAUUUGAUUUGACUUACCAAGCAGAAGGCUUGUAAAACUCCACUGUGUACGAUGGGAAGCGACAUGAAGGCGUCGGUUUCUUUGAUCUAUUGUAAUCCACAGGAAUAUUUUGUCUUGACCCCGAGAUCUACAAAGCAGAGAAGAAGCAGGACCUGACGCAAGCU